AUGUCUGCCAUUUUCAACUUUCACAGUCUGCUGACUGUAAUCUUGCUGCUUAUGUGUACCUGUGCUUAUAUCCGAUCCUUGGCACCCAGCCUCCUGAACAGAAAUAAAGCUGGAUUGUUGGGUAUAUUUUGGAAGUACACUAGAAUUGGUGAACAGAAGAGUCCUUCUAUUGCAUUAUCCUGUGCUGUGAUGGCCUUCAGCAUUCUCUUCAUACAGUAG